AGGAAGCUUCUGAACAUGAACACAUAUUCCUACACGCUCUGAGUCAGUUCGAGUCAGAAAACAUGUCUGAAGGGUACUUUGGAAAACGUGAGAAGCUGUAUUUGGACGAUUUGUAUUGGGGACUGAUAACGAGCUCGCAUAUUCUUCACCACCAUGGCAUCCUCGAUGCCUAUGGCCAUGUCAGUGUUCGCAAUCCAGAUAACCCAGACACCUUCUUGAUGUCCCGCAAUAUGCCUCCGGCGCUAAUGUCUUCUGCCGAAGAUAUUGUUGAAUACAGAAUCGAGGACGCAGAACCUGUCGAGAACGACGCCCCCAAGGGGUUCGUUGAACGCUGCAUCCACUCGGAGAUCCUGAAGAGAUUUCCAACAAUCAAUGCCGUUGUACAUGCGCAUGCGCCUUCUGUGCUGCCUUUCGGGCUCACCGGCGUACCCUUAAAGGCGUCCUUUCACAUGGCAGGCUUUCUGGGCACCGAGACGCCCGUUUGGGACAUCGCGGACGCGUAUUCGAGUUCAGAUCCGAGCCACGAUUUGCUGGUGAAAACAACCAAGGUGGGACAUCACCUCGCUGCGGCAUUCAAGCCAUCGACUUCGGCCGGGUUCAUCUCGCAAAAGCUGCGUUCUGCUCUUCCAGCUCAGAUUGGAGGCCGCGCAGCGGAUCCUUCAAACGAGCCGACGCACCCUGUGGUCCUCAUGCGCGGUCAUGGGUUCACCACUUGCGCAGACAGUUUGGAAGCUGCGGUGUUCCAAGCAAUAUACACCGUAGAGAAUGCGAAGAUCCAGACUGAUUCAAUCAUGAUGCAUAACGCCUAUUUCGGUCAUAGUCUGGAAGGAAAGGUGAACGUGGAAGGCGGUGGCAAGAUCCAAAACGCGAAGUUGAAGAGUGAGGGAGGCAAUAUUAAAUACCUCUCAGGCAAGGAAGCGGACGACGCUUGGGUCAUGAAUAAGGCAACGAUUGCUAGGCCAUGGGCUUUAUGGUUGAGAGAGGUGGAGGUCAAUCUCUUGUAUAGGAAUGAAGUAAAGCGUGAGUCGAAGAAAUAGGCUAUGUUUCUUUCUCUCCAUCGCCGUUUUCUUGUGCUUCUUCGAUGCUUCUUUUGAACCUCUAGGCAGUUCGAUUUUACUUCUUCACUUUGACUGCACCGUGGUUAGAUGGCGUCACAAUGGCGAUCUUCGGUUGCUACUUUAAACAAGAAUCAGGCACGGCGAUGUUUCGAUGAAGACUUGAUGACAGACAGCAUCAUGUUCUGUACAGGCUGGCUGACCCACGAAGAAUCAUGAUGGCAGUUUUCAAAUAGAGACUCAGUGGGUAUCAGGUUGAAAAAUAAAGUAUUGAAUGUGCGACAUGCUGGGAGCUUGUUACUCCAUUGUAAAUCGCAGAAAAAAUGCCUG